AUGACGUCGCCGAAAUCGAGAAUCGCCAUGGAGAAGCCGAUGGCGUGCUGGCGAAUCGCCACCGCCGCCUCGCUGAUCGGCAUCGGCUCGCUGAUGCUGUUCGCGGGCCUCAUCUCGCACGUUCUCGUCAUUCCGUUGAUCGUCAAACAUCAAAUUGCUCAGAAUUCUCGCCUCGUCGACGGCUCGACACUAAUGGAGAAAUGGAAGAAGCCCGAUUAUCGCAUGAAAUUCCGAUUGUUCGUGUUCUCGACGAAAAAUCCCGACGAGUUUAUGGCGGGAGCGAGGCCGGAAGUGGUCCGAAGUGGUCCCUACGUAUUCGACAAGAAGCUUGAGAAUCGCGUGAUUUCAAUGGGAAAUGGAACAGUGAAAUAUAAAAGAUAUUUUACGUACCAUUUCAAUGAAGCCGACUCGUGUCAGACGUGUAUUCUCGGCAAUCGGAUAUGGAUUCCGAACAUGAUUUAUCAGAAGUUCGUCGAAGCGGCUUCCACCGAGGGAAUGAAAGCGGCGGCGACGACGCUGCUCUCGCAGACCGCGUUUCUCGAGGUCGAAGUCGAAGAGAUGCUGUUCGAGGGCUACAAAGACCCGUUUCUCGACAAAGUGUGCGAGAUACCGUUCAUGAAUUUCGUGUGCGAGACGAUUCUCGACAUUCCCGACCGCAUCGGACUGUUCUACGAGGCGAACAACACCGGCAGCAAAAUCUACGAGAUCGACGACGGCUCGUCGAAUCCGGCGGAUCUCGGCAAAAUUUUGACGAUCGACGACGAGACGCACCUCGAUGAGAGCUGGUGGAGCACGGAAGAGUCGCGUCGGAUUCGCGGCACCGACGGCUCGCUGUUUCCUCCGUUCAUCGAGAAGACCGAUCGACUUUAUGUCUAUGUUGCCGAAUUGUGCAGAUCGAUUUGGAUCGAAUUCAAAGAGGAAUGCGAGUACAAAGGCGUGCGCGCCUAUCGUUUCAUGCUGCCGCCGAGCGUGCUCGACGUCGACCAUCCGGGCAACGAGGGCUUCUGCAAUCCGUCGCCGAAGAAAUUCUACGCGUCGCAAAACGCGUCGAAUUGCAUGCCGCGCGGUUUGUUGGAGAUCUCGCGCUGUCAGCGCAGUCAGCCGCCGAUCGCCAUCUCGUUGCCCAACUUUCUGUUCGCCGCCGACGAGGUGGCGAGCGGCGUCGGCGGUCUGAACGCGAGCGACGAGGCGGCCGACUCGAUACUCGUCGACAUCGAGCCGCGGCUCGGCGUCGUGCUGUACGCGAGACGCGUCUCGCAGGUCAACAUUGAGAUGUGGCGAGGCGAGAAUUUGUCGUUUCCAGUGAACCUUCGUAAAAUGAAAUCGUCGCUGAUACCGGUGCUCAUCGUCAAUGAGACGUCAGAAAUUGACGACGAGUCGCUUCGCGAGAUCAAAGAGCAACUGUAUGAUACCGAAUGGUACGCUUAUUCAUCGUGCGACAUUCUCAUGGUGAUUGGUGGCAUCGCGUUGGCGAUUGGUGUACUAUUUUUGGUGUUGAUGUGCCGACAUCGGCGACGACCUGACGGAAUCGCGCCGCAACCAUUGCCGCCGUACGUUUCCAAAGGAGACCCGAAAUAA